GGUUUCAAAACGUGGCUGAUAAUUUUAAUAUUAUGUAUAUAUACAUAGCUUAAUUAAUUACAACAGUUAGAAUAGGAGACACGUUUACGGAAAGCCUAAAGUAUUCUAGUAAGCUGACUAGAUAGCGAGCUUGCUAGGUUUGUUGAUGUCAAAAUUUCGGGUUUCGGGUUUACUAUUGACAACGCUAGCGUACUACCCGCCAGCUACUGAGCUAGUUAAUUUUAACCAUUUUGCUUGGUAGCUCGCUAUAUCUAGCAAGCUAGCUUACUGGUUUGGUAACUGUACAUGUGCAAUAUGAAAAUUUCCACGACGGUAACUAAUUACUUGGAAGUGUGACUGAAAUUGUAGUUGGAGCAAAUACUUAUAUGUGUGUCAAAGUGUGUCGUUUUUAAACGUAAAGAGGGUUUUGAAUGAGAUAGCUACAACGUGGACAUCGUAGCAUCACUGAGAUGGAGAAGGCCCCCUUGCCCACUGAUGAGAAUGGGACAAGUAUGACAGACGAGCAGUCUGAGGUCCAGCUGCUGGAGGUGAACGGAGACGUGAGCCCAGGAGGAGGUGGAGCCGCGGACCUCUCCCGCGAUGCCUGGAGUAGCAAAGUGCAGUAUCUCUUAGCUCAAGUGGGAUUCAGCGUUGGCCUUGGGAACGUGUGGAGAUUUCCCUACCUCUGUCAUCAGAAUGGAGGAGGGGCCUUUCUCCUUCUGUAUGUGCUUCUCUUGGUGGUGGUUGGGAUUCCACUCUUCUUCCUGGAGUUGGCAGCGGGACAGUGUAUCCGACAGGGCAGCAUCGGGGUGUGGAAGCACAUCUCUCCCAAACUGGCAGGGAUUGGAUACUCCAGCUGUGUGGUGUGUUUCUUUGUAGCUCUUUACUACAAUGUCAUCAUUGGGUGGAGCCUCUUCUACCUGGGUAGUUCCUUCCAGUACCCGCUGCCCUGGCAGCAGUGUCCUCAGCUGAGCAACAAUAAGACGGUAAAGGAAUGUGAGGAUAGUUCUCCAACCACGUACUUCUGGUUCCGCAAAGCCCUAGACAUCACAGACUCCAUUGAUGAGACUGGGGAGUUCAAUAAACUCAUGAUUGCCUGUCUGCUGGCAGCCUGGGCCAUUGUCUGUCUUGCCAUGAUCAAAGGCAUCAAGUCGUCUGGGAAGGUGAUGUAUUUCUCCUCACUCUUCCCCUACGUGGUGCUGUUGUGUUUCCUCAUCAGAGGAAUGCUGCUGGAUGGAGCGUCAGAAGGUAUCACCUACAUGUUCUACCCAAAGCUGAGCAUCUGGGGGGAGGUGCAGGUGUGGCGUCAGGCAGCCACACAGGUUUUCUUUGCCCUGGGGCUGGGUUUUGGCUCCAUCAUUGCGUACUCCUCCUAUAACCCUCCCACCAACAACUGCCACCGUGAUGCGCUCAUGGUCUCCUUCAUCAACUUUUUCACCUCUGUACUGGCUUCCCUGGUCGUGUUUGCUGUUCUGGGCUUUCGAGCCAAGACUAUCGCCAUGGACUGCGUGAGCCGCAAUUUGGUGCUCCUGUCUUCCACAAACGUGAUGGCUCCAUUUAAUGUGUCUGAUCCCAGCUCAGUGUCCCUUCAGGAGUACAGACAGUGGUUUCAGCACCAUGGGAGUAAAAUAACAGAGAAAAACAUCACUGACUGCAGUCUGGAGGCAGAGAUGAACAAGGGAGUGCAAGGGACAGGCCUGGCCUUCAUCGCCUUCACGGAGGCCAUGUCUCUGUUCCCUGCCAGUCCCUUCUGGUCGACACUCUUCUUCCUCAUGCUGCUCAACCUGGGCCUUAGCACCAUGUUCGGCACCAUGCAGGGAAUCCUUACUCCACUCAUCGACAACUUCAAAACUCUAUCCCGCCACAAGACCCUGCUCACAGUGUGCAGCUGUGCUGUGGGCUUCGUGAUCGGGCUGGUGUUCACCCAGCGCUGCGGGAACUACUUUGUGACCAUGUUCGACGAUUACUCUGCCACCCUGCCGCUCAUCAUUGUUGUCAUCUUUGAGACUUUCAGCGUAUCCUGGGUGUAUGGGGCUGACCGCUUCCUGGAUGAUAUAAAGACCAUGUUACAGUGGCGCCCCCCGGUGUUGUAUAAGUAUCUGUGGCAGUAUGUCUGCCUUCUGGCCAUGAUUGGGCUACUGGGAUCCAGCUUACUGCGCAUGUUCUUCAAGCGUCCCACUUAUACUGCCUGGAACCAAAGUACGGCCUCAGAGAUGAAUCUGGAGUAUCCUGACUGGGCACUGGCUGUUCUGUCAGUGCUUAUUGUGAUUGCCACUCUGCCAGUCCCCAUAGGCUACAUUCACUCUCUUCUGAAGACCAGAAUGGGCAGAGGAUUAGAGCGAGGGAAUGAGCAGGAUGUGGAGAGAGAGCAAUACACCAAGUGCAACUCUGAUGAUCCAGAGUUUACCCCUGCACUAACCCCAUUGGAGGAAGAUGAUGGAGAAGAUGGCACUUGCAGCAAUUCUGUCCUUCCAUUGGGUGCAGACAAUUACCAACCCCUCCCCCAGGAAGCAGAAGAUGGCGAAGAUACUACUGGGGUAUGAGAGAGUGAAAGAGGCAGUUGGAAAAUGGAAGCGUAAAAUUUUAUUUUUGAGAUAAGGACAGAUCAGUUGAACUGUAGUAGAUGGGUGGGACAGAAAUGUGCAAGUACAUUUAUAUGUACAUACACACAAGAAGCAUAAAAUGAGCGAUUCCAUAUUUGAUGAGUAUAAAAACAUUUCAUUUUCUGUAUUAGUUGUCUACAAGAUGGAAACACAACUACAGCCAUGUAUUUUUACAUGACUUGUUUAGUAUAUAAAACCAAGCUGUA